AUGACACUCAUUCAUUUUUCAAGCAGUAUCGUCGAGCGUCUGCUCAUCCCUAUCCUACUAGACAUCUUGCUCGCCCUCUUCGUCAUCUCCCAAGCCAUCACUAUCCUUAUCUACCGCCUUCUCCUCGAAAUCUACCAUCCAAACAAUUGGAUCCCUCAUACUCUCCUCUCCUUCGCAGGAAUCCCCAUCAACGCCAUCCUCUGCAGUGUCUUCGAAGUACUCGAUCUCACCAAGCAAGCUCUCCUUCAAGGUGUUAAGCAUAUACUCUUCUCCUGUGUUAGCACUAGGAUGAGAAGACAAGCUGUCAAUUUCAGGGGCUCAGUACAGGGAUUCAACGGAGAUGAAAAUGCGUGCUCACGAGAACCAACAGCUUGA